CCCUAGCUCUACUCUAGCCGUCAUGUCAGAGAAGUAGGUCGAAAAAGUGGUAGUCAAUGUCUCAAUGUCUAAAUUUCGGAUUAUUUCACUUUACAUUAAUUAAUAUUCCUUUCUGUAAUGCAAAGUUUUGCAAAAUCGCCUUGAUUAUGAGUUUGGUUGAUAAAUCUUAGACAACAAGUAACCUUGGUGGAAGAAUACUCAAAGACAUAUGGCAUAAGCAGUAAAGAUGGCGGAUAAGCACAGUCUGAACUAUGACGUGAGGGAGCUGAAGUUAGGGGCAAGUUUUACCAACAACAAAGCCUCGCAGUAUCACACUAUCAAAUACGAUUUCAAGCCAGCUUCAGUGGAUGUCAACAAGAUGGCAACAGUGGAUGUAGGAACUAAUAAUCAAGUGACUGUAACCGUGCCACAUUUAGAUGGCGCUGGGGUUCCGCAGACGGUAUUCAAGGGGAGUCAGAGACCUUACACAAAAGAAUGCGUGCUGAUCAUUGAUAGAGUUACAGGAGAGAUCACGCUGGAAAAGUUAUCCAGCAACAUACAAGUCAAGAAGACCAGACAAGAAACAAGCCAGAAGCCGCGGCCAUUGACGCCCGUCACGACGGAUUUCAUGAACACCACUCAACGUUCCACGUCCCGCACUCGUGUCACCACCAACAAGCGCACUAACAACCAAGGCGCCGGCAACGCGCAGUCGAGCGGGCAGGCGCGCUUCAACAGCAGCGCGCAGAAGCCGCAGAACAACAUGAUGCGCUCCCCGCCGCGCGUCAAGACCUCGCCGCCACAGGCGCCAUGGUCGGGAGGCGGCAACAGUACGCACGCAUCGCUCCCUAUGAUAGGGUUGGACGACGCGCUCGCCGGCACCUCGCCUCCGUCCGCUCCCGCCCACAAUGCCCAUGUACCCGCCCACAACGCCCACGGGCCACCUCACAACUCCCACGGGCCUGCCCACAACUCCCACGUGCCUGCCCACAACUCCCACGUGCCUACCCACAACGCCCACGCUCCUGCUCAUAAUGCCCACAACGCUCACGCGCCUGUCCAUAACUCCCAUGCGUCCACUCACAACGUCCACGUGCCUGCCCACAACGCCCAUGCACCUGCACAUGUCGUCCACAACGCCCACGUGCCCGCCCAUGCCCCGCACGUGCCAGCGCCGGCGCGUCAUUUGCCACCGCCAGCGUCAAUACCGCCGCCGCCGGCGAAUACACAGCCGCAAGCCCCGCGACAGGACGACAGCUCGUCCAGCUCCUCCAGUGAUAGCGAUAGCGGCAGCGGCAGCGACAGCGAUAGCGACGAUAACGACUCUAGCGCGCAGCAGUCGCUCCCUAACGGUACCGCAAGCAAUACCGCCCUCCCAACUGACGUGCUCAACGACGACCUGUGCCUCUCCGAGUCGGGCAGCGACUCCGACUGACCCCCGCACACUCGCGCCUCCUUCCCCCACAGAUACCAUAUCCUAUAGCGUUAACAGCUCGUUCACACAGCCUGCGUAAGCGUAGACGUAGCACGUACCAUUGCGUUCUAAUGUAUGGAACUGUAUGAAACAUGGCACACCGCUUGCGUAAAGCGUGGACGGAUGCGUAACCCGGUGUGUUAGAGGUUUACGUGAGUCGCUACGCACGUGACACGUGUACGCAAUUGGUGUGAAUCGGCCUUAACUCUCCAGAGGGUUCGACCUCUCCUUCCUAUGUAAACCCUGCAAGCGUCUUUUUAACCUCGUUAAGUUUUACAAAAUCUCUAUGGGAGUUCUUUCUUUCUCUGUUGUAAAGAAAUCGUGGCAAACGUCUGUGUGUGAAUCAAAUUUUCUCAUUUUUAAGACUCUGUACCCGAAGGUCUCCGCUGUUCGUCCGUCUUUCAGUUUGUCAGCGGGCUGUAUCUCAUGAACUGGAACAGAUACUUGACAUUUGACUCUUGCUACGUUUUACAUACACUGGGCUUGAUCGAAUGGUUAAAGCGCAAACACAUUACUGUGAUAUGGAAUUCGGGUUAUGUCAAACAAAAAUUGUGUUCUUUGAAGCUGUCAAAAUAAGUGUCAAAAAAGUGACGCUGGACAUCAAGUUGUAAUCAAGAAAGAGUUUCAGCCCGCAAACAUUUUUGUUCGGAAUGUUCUGUCUCCUCUCGUUGCAGGAGCAGCUAUAAAUAUGCUUAAUAUAAAAGAAAAAAAGAAAGACAAUAUACUAUAUCUAUUACUUUAUUUAGAGUACUAUCUUGAUAUUAAAGACAGCAAAUACCAUUUCUAAUACUUUGUUAUGCGGUUGCAACGCACACGCGGUAAUGUGUCUGUAGCUUUAUUUUCGUACAUAAACUGCGCUAGUGUUCUGUCUGUUUAUUUUGAGUAUAGUCAUUUGUAAGUUUACUGUGCCUGUUUUUUUUUUUUGUCGAAUCAAACAAGCCCACGUUCGCACGGGCGCUUUUUUAACGCACGAUUAAAAAGCGUCAAAAAAUAUGAAAAUUAAUGCUUGUGUGUUCGGAUACUAUGUGCUCGUGCAUCGUUUGUACAAAUAUUGCUGUAAGCACUUGCGUGAAGGAUUCUGACAUAGUACCUACCAUCAACAUGGCCCGCGUGUCUUUCAAACAAAUCACAAUACGAUUUGAAAAAGCCAUUGCAUUGGCAUUAACUA